UUCAAGACAGAUAUUUAUUUCCUUUCAAAAUUUUAAGAUUUAUCUGAAAGUGAUGAGUUGUUUGGGUUUAGUCAAUGAUCAUAAUAAAUAAAAACCCUUACUUUAAACUUCAGUACAGAAGGGAUUAUGCAAGUAUAUCCCCAUUCUCUUCUUCCUACUCUUAAUUAAGUUUCUGAAAUCUUAAUUUUGAGAAAAUCAGAAGAAGAAGAAGAAGAAGAAGAUGGCUGGUGGUGGGUUUGGUCCUGCAGGUGUUGCAAAGGAGAGAGCACAUGAAUAUCAAGGAAAGGUCACUUCUUUUGUGGUCAUUGCUUGUAUUGUUGCUGCAAUUGGUGGUUCAAUCUUUGGAUAUGACAUUGGUAUCUCAGGUGGGGUGACAUCCAUGGAUCCCUUUCUGAAAGAAUUCUUUCCGAAAGUGUUUGAGAAAAAGGGUCAUUUGAAUGAGGAUAAUUACUGUAAGUAUGACAAUCAAGGUUUAGCAGCAUUUACCUCUUCACUGUACCUUGCUGGUCUGGUUUCAUCUCUGGUAGCUUCACCUAUAACAAGGAAUUAUGGACGGCGAGCUAGUAUAAUCUGCGGUGGGAUUAGUUUCCUCAUUGGAGCUGCUCUCAAUGCCGCUGCUUUGAACCUAAUCAUGUUGAUAAUAGGCCGUGUUAUGCUCGGUGUUGGAAUUGGAUUUGGAAAUCAGGCAGUCCCACUUUACUUGUCAGAGAUGGCACCAGCGCAUCUCCGAGGAGCUUUAAACAUGAUGUUUCAGCUAGCAACAACACUGGGGAUAUUCACCGCAAACAUGGUCAAUUACGGAACAGAUAAACUUAAACCAUGGGGAUGGAGACUCUCGUUGGGUCUAGCUGCAGCACCUGCGUUACUAAUGACAGUUGGAGGCUACUUUCUUCCGGAAACACCCAACAGCUUGAUUGAGCAAGGAAAGAAAGAAAGAGGAAGAGAGAUUCUUGAAAAGAUUAGAGGCACGAAGAAUGUGAAUGCAGAGUAUCAGGAUAUAGUUGAAGCGAGUGAACUUGCUAACUCCAUCAAACACCCAUUUAGGAAUAUACUUGAGAAAAGGAACAGACCGCAAUUAGUUAUGGCAAUCUUUAUGCCUACUUUUCAGAUCUUGACUGGCAUAAAUUCAAUUCUUUUCUAUGCUCCAGUGUUGUUUCAAACUAUGGGUUUCAAAGGGUCUGCUUCUCUUUACUCUUCAGUUUUAACUGGAGCAGUUCUGUGCUUAUCUACACUGAUUUCGAUUGCAUUAGUGGAUAGAUUGGGACGCAGAGUUCUCCUUAUCUCGGGUGGAAUACAGAUGAUUGUGUGCCAGGUAAUUGUCUCCAUAAUCUUGGGACUGAAGUUUGGCGCUGACAAGGAACUCACUAAAGGCUACUCAGUUCUGGUAGUAGUGUUUAUAUGUCUCUUUGUUGCAGCUUUCGGUUGGUCAUGGGGACCAUUAGGAUGGACAGUACCUAGUGAGAUAUUCCCAUUAGAAACCCGAUCCGCAGGGCAGAGUAUAACAGUAUCUGUUAACUUAUUUUUCACUUUUGUGAUUGCUCAAUCUUUCUUGUCGAUGUUGUGUGCCUUCAAGUAUGGGAUUUUCCUCUUCUUUGCUGGCUGGAUUGUUAUCAUGACAAUUUUUGUGUGGGUUUUCUUACCCGAAACUAAAGGAGUUCCCAUUGAGGAAAUGAUUCUCUUAUGGAGAAAACACUGGUUCUGGAAGAAAAUAAUGCCUGAUAUUCAAGUGCAAGAAGACGCUGGCUCAGAUAAGGCAUAAAAAUCGAGGAAUUUAGCGGCCUUUUGUUUUCUUUGAGCCAGUGCAGCAUAUGAAAAACAGAAAAUCGAGACUUUGGGCUUGUAUAGCUACGCAGGGAUACGGUGAAAGGUUGCGCAUUACCUUUUCAUGUGCACGUUUAAUCCUAGCAUACUGAGAAGCAAAAUAGAUUAGGGAUGUGAUUCUAGUGAUGUUAAUGUUGUAGUAUGGUUUGACACACAGUAUAUGUAUUGAUUGAUGAAGAAAAUUGUGUUGUAUGAUUUUUUUCAUUUUUGUUUAGAACAUUUGUAUGAUUUUAAUGAUAAAGUGCUAAAUGUUUGAAGUUUCCAAUUCUGAAA